AUGGACAAUGCCUGUCUUCCUGUGGUGAGGUACACACCAAGCUUCCUUGUUGGCUUUGUGAUCAACGCGGGCUCAGUUUUGGACGCCAAAAACUUGACCCCCAUGGAUCCAAACGGUCUGGCCGAUCCCUAUGUGAAGAUUAAACUCAGUCCCGCGGAUGACAAUCAGAAGGUCAAGUUCAAGACGAAAAUAAUUCGCUCCACCCUGAAUCCCUCCUGGAAUGAGGAAUUCCAGAUACCGCUGGAGCCAGAAGACGUUGGAAAGCGAUUAGCUGUGGAGGUGUGGGAUUGGGAUCGAACCUCUCGCAACGACUUCAUGGGCUCGCUCUCCUUUGGGGUGGGUGAACUGAAGAAGGACUCCGUCAGUGGAUGGUUCAAACUGCUCUCCGCAGAAGAGGGCGAAUUCUACGCCUGUCCCUGCAUUGACGAGGCUGGAGCCGCGUUGAUGGAGCUGAAGAACAAAGUGAAGUGGUCACGGGCGACCCACCUAAACCUGUUCUACUCGGGAAUCGAGUACCCCUUACCUAAGCACUACGAGUAA